UACUUACCUAAAGUAAUAUACAGUUUGGACAAGUUUAUUCGAAACCACUGUAAAUCGUUUUUCUUGCAUUCUGACAUAUGGAAGGGUAUUUUAGAAAUACAAUUAUCAAUUUCUAUUCUUUAUAAAUACUAUUUAUGAUACAGUUAUGUUAAACAAGAUGUUAUAAAUUUAUAUAUAGAAGCAUCGAUUAACCUCUAAGUUACUUGAAUUAAAGAACUCAAAAUCAUUAAAAUGAGCGAUAUAAUUCAAUAUGUGGUGGUACGGGAAGACCUCUUAAAGACAAUGGGAUGGCCUAUAGGUGCAAUCAUAGCUCAAGCAUGCCAUGCAUGCACUGCUGUUACUCAUCUUUUUUAUAAUGACAAUUACACUCAAGCCUACCUCGCCAAUUUAGAUGAUAUGCACAAGGUUGUUCUCGAAAUUCCAGAUGAGACCAGUUUACACACGUUAUGUUCAAAAUUAAAAAGCGACGACAUCGAUCAUAAACUGUGGUUCGAACAACCUGAAAACAUUCCAACAUGUUUGGUAACAAAACCUUAUCCUAAGGAUAAGGUGAAAUCGUAUUUUAAAAAAUACAAAUUACUUAAAAUGUAACAAAUACAUAGCUCCAACAUACACGACUCUAUGUUACUCUGCAUUGUGUACAAAUUAUAAUAAAAUAUAAGAAUAAUAUUGUACAUUCAGUGAAAUACUUGAACUCAAUGUUUCAAAUUUAAACCCAA